AUGGUAAUCUGCCUGAGAGGGUCUAUAUGCGACAGCCCCCAGGCUAUGAGGACCGGGAUACUCCGAGUCAUGUGUGUCUGCUCCAACGUUCUUUGUAUGGUCUCAAGCAGGCUCCCCGUGCCUGGUUUGACCGCCUACACACUUUCCUUCUCUGUUGGUUUUACGUCGUCUAAAACUGAUGUUUCUUUAUUCAUUUACUCUGCUGGCUCUGUUCGGUUGUAUUUGCUUGUGUAUGUGGACGACAUUCUGGUUAUGGGCUCUGACUUGGAUUCUGUUACUGCUUUGGUUGCUAAGAUGGGUUCGGAGUUCAAGAUUCGUGACAUGGGCGCUAGCUACUCCUAUUGCUUGUCUCGGGUAGAUGUUGGUACGGCAAUUCCAUAUGCUGAUCCAACUCAGUACCGUAGUCUAGCUGGGGCUCUGCAGUAUCUCAUGGUUACGAGGCCUGAUCUGUCGUUCGCAGUCAACAAGCUUUGUCAACACAUGCGCGCUCCUACUACUGAGCAUUGGGGCAUGCUCAAGCGUGUUCUUCGCUACAUGAAAGGGACUUUGCAUUUUGGGUUGUGCAUUUGUCGAUCUUCCUCGAUCGAUAUUCAUGCAUUUUCUGACUAUGAUUGGGCUGGAGACCCCGGUGAUCGUAAGUCCACGAGUGGUUUUGCUGUUUUCAUAGGUCGUAAUUUAGUUUCCUGGGUCUGUCGCAAGCAACGGACAGUGGCUCGGUCUUCCACUGAGGCCGAGUACAAAGCACUAGCUGAUGUUUCUGCUGAGGUUACUUGGUUGGCUCGCUUCUGA